AUGCCAUCUUUCCUCUUCUCUCCGUCGCCAACCACCGCCGCCCUCCUCCUCCUCCUCCUCUUCUUCUCCCUCUCCCUUCCCAUCCCCCUAUCUUCACACCGCAAUCUCCUUCACAGAAGAAACCUACAUUCCUCCAACACCGAAGAAGAUCCCAACGAUUCUCCCAUUCCCAAAUCAAAACCCCCUCCCAAAAACAAACCCAUAUCACAACUCCCAGAAGCUAAGAACAAAACCAAACCCCUCAAAUCCAACACAGCAAAUUCCUCUUCUUCUUCUUCAUCCAUACUCACCAAAAUUCUCUCCUCCGCCACCACCUCUCCCACCAAAUCCAAGCUAAAAAAAACCGCCAAUCAGCUUAAUAAAACCAUUAGCAACACAAAGAAAAACACCACCAAAUCCAAUUCCACCAAAACAGGGCAAAUCAAUUACCUGAAACCACUUCCUUCCAAAUCCCAAUCCAUUCCCAAACUGAAACCCCAAACUUCACCGGCCGACUUGCUCGACGACACCGACAUCACCACCACCGGCUCCGACGACGACCUCAUCUCCGACUUCCGCGAUCUCCCCUCUCGCCUCCACUCCGCCAUCCUCCCCGACCUCGAGAAGCUUUCCGCCACCUCGAAGCACUACCUCUCCAAAACCCACCGCGAUAUCACCGCCGGCGUAAAACCCUUCGUCGGAAACCGAUACGCCCCGUCGAUCGCCUACGCGGCUUCCUCCGCCGUCCUCCUCCUCCCCCUGUUUCUGCUCGCCGCCGUCUUCCGCCACCUCCUCCGCUGCGCCUCCCUCCACCGCUCUCUUCUCUUCGUUCAGGCGUACCUCGCCAUCUACUUCACCACGCUCUCGCUCACGGCCCUGGUGACGGGGCUCGAGCCCCUCUGGUUUUUCUACGCCGCGUCACCGAACGCUUACGCGUGGACGCAGGCGGUUCAGACUUUUGGCUAUUUGGUGUACUUGGGCGCGCAGGGGAUCGGGUUGAGGGCCGGCGGGAGAAGCUCCUCGGGCGAACUGGAAGGUGCACGGGAUUUACGCGGCGUGCUUCAUUGUGAUUUGUGGGUUGGGCCGGGCCGAGCGCCGGAAGAAGGUCUAUUUUUAUGGGGAGGGAGGGGUCGAUAG